ACCCUUAAUGAGCCGUGAAAGACUGCAACGGCUUGCUAUAAAUAGGGAAGAAGAGGCAACGAAACAUUAUAUUAGUACCACGAUCUAGUUAGAGACUCGAUUCAUAUAUAGCUUCGUAUCGAUCUUCCACAUGGAGAACAAGAGGCUCGAAGGCAAGGUCGCUGUCAUCACCGGCGGCGCUAGCGGCAUCGGCGAGGCCGCCGUCAAGCUGUUCGUCAGCCAUGGCGCUCGUGUCAUCGUCGCCGACGUCCAAGACCAGAAGGGGGAGGCGCUCUGCGCCACCCUGGGCGGCGCCGCUUCGUACGUCCACUGCGACGUCCGGCUCGAGGCCGACGUGAAGCGCGCCGUCGACACCGCCAUCUCGCUCCACGGCAGGCUGGACGUCAUGUUCAACAACGCCGGCAUCAGCGACCCCGCCGGCAGCAGCAUCCUCGGCGAGGGCGACCUGACCGCGGCGUUCGAGCGGGUGAUGGGCGUCAACGUGCUGGGCGCGCUGCUGGGCACGAAGCACGCGGCGCGGGCCAUGACGGCGACGCCCGGCGGCGGCGGGAGCAUCAUAACGACGGCCAGCGUGGCGUCGGUGAUGGGCGGGCUGGCGCCGCCGGUGUACACGUGCUCGAAGCACGCGCUGCUGGGGCUGACGCGGGCCGCUGCGACGGAGCUGGGGAAGCACGGGGUGCGAGUCAACUGCGUGUCGCCGGCGCUGGUGGCCACGCCGCAGGCGGUGUCGCACACGCAGGCGAGCCUGGAGGAGCUGGAGGCGAUGGGGGAGGCGAUCUCCACCCUCAAGGGCGUCAAGCUGAAGGCGGAGGACAUCGCGGAGGCGGCGCUCUUCUUAGCCAGCGACGAGUCCAGAUUCGUCAGCGGCCACAACCUCAUGGUCGACGGCGCCAGCACCGCUACCAAAAUAUUCUGAGCGAAUCCAAUUAGAUACGACCGUUAUAUCAUUUGAAUAAUAUAUAACUGCGCGCACGCUCAUAGCAGUUAUAAUUUAAAAUAGUAAUUUCUGUUUCAUUGCCGUCAAAACUGCUGCCAUUGUUGUAGUAGUUUUUUUUUUUUUUGGCUUAAAAUAAUAAUGCGUGUGACUUUUCAUCUCAGGUCAACGUUGAAUAAACAGUCAAUUUUUUCGUGUC